GUUGGUUGGUUGGUUGGUUAAACUUGCAUGUGUCUCAUAGGACCACUACUCGCACUCGUUAACAUAUCUCCUCUCUCAUCCUCUCAUAGUCUCUCCUCUUACUUACUUACUCUAAUAUAUUCUAGAAUUUAGUGCUUAUCAUUAUCAUUGGACAUUGCGAAUCACCUAUUUUUUAAGUUUUUUAUUGCACCCCGAACAGUCCGAAUUACGACAAAGUGCGUCCCGACAAAGCUGGAUUGUUGGAAUGAAGGGAAAAUUAGUGAAGAAAUUGUGAUACCUGUGUGCAAAAUAAGUUGGUUUAAAUCAAAUAUUUUAUAAGACAAACCCAAAAAGAACGGGUUUGCUUAAUGCAAUCGAGAUUGGAAUGCGGACGGAUUGUGUGUGUGUGUGUCUUCUUAACGCAGUAGCAGCAGCAAUGUGAGAAAUGAAACGAUUUGCGUCACUCACUCUUGCACUAAUUUAAUUGAGCCCGUCCUUCAUCUCAAGAUAAGAGGAAGAAGCUAAUAAAAAAACCACCUCAAACUUUAUAGCACACGAUAAUAAAUACGAAAGACGAAACAAGACGACAAACAUUAAACAGAAAUCGGCACCAGUAAUAAACCUUAUUUAUUAGUCGAUGCACAUGCUACGAAUCGAAAUUGAGACAAGACUACUACGUAAAAAAAUAAGUGAAGUUCAAAGUGUGUAGAAAAUGGACCACAUUCUCAUCUCUUCUACGGAAGAACUCAGUGCGGAAGACCGAUUACUGCUGGCUUCUUCGAAACGCCAAGAACCUCAGGGCGAGGAGCAUGCCGGGUCUGGCGAGAAGGACGCGCACACCAAUGGUGGCCAAGCCUUAACCAGAACGAAGAACAUUAGCAGCAAACAGCAGCAGCAGUUGGCUUUGUCGUCGUCGUCGUCAUCUUGUGAGGAUGACUCCUCCGACGAUGAUGGGAUCGUCUACCAGAAUGUGGGGAUGAUGGUGGGGACGACGGCGUCCAACUCGAAUUCACUCUCGUCGAAUAGGUCCCACGGAGGGAGGAAUGGUGGUGGUGGUGGGGGGUGCAACCUGAGCUUAGACUCCAAUUCUCACUCUGCUUAUAAUACGCUCAUCAUUCACCAUAAUAAUGGGAGUCUCCUAGCUGACACGUGGAUACCAGCCAGUCACGAAUUCACCUCCCUCGCCACAGGAAGUAAUCGAAAUUCGACGUGUUCCUCCUCCACUCCAGCCAACAGUAGAAAGUCACAGUCCCCUUCGAGAGAGAUGGGUCACAAUGGUCACGGGGACGCCAGAACAACGACAGGUCAACAUAACCCAUCCAACUCUUUGGGCGUCUUUGACUACGAAGCCCUUCUGGGGGAGGCUGGUCUCAAGAGUAACGAAUUAUCAGAUAUUCCUCGCGACUAUUUGAACCAAUUGACUGUACUGAAGCACCUCGCGAAAGAAGUUCAACAAGACCCGAUUAGCGACCCACCCAACUCAAAACUCCUCCGAUCUGCCAGUUUCUCCCGGUCGCAACCCGACCUGACGCAGUCCUUGACGAGUGGCGGUGGGGUUGUCGGCGUGGUUCCGGGGGCCAGUUCGAAUCACAGCUAUUACUACGCUCCUCCCCACCCGGUCGUCCAGUAUCCUCAUUAUCCUGCCCAGCUACACCCACCCUCGCGAACAAAGCUGUCCAAACAACAGAGGGGAGAAACAAAUUCGCCGCAGCGGAGUCAACAGGGUGACACCGACGAGGCCGGCGUGCCUUCAACUUCCGUCCAAAUGUUGGAGAUUCUCAUGCGUGAAAACUCAAACCUCAGGGCCGAGUUGGCCAAUGCUAGGGCUAGGAUUCAGACUAUCCAUAAGUUGGAAUCCGAACUAACUCGCCUCCAGAGGCAGCACGCGUCCCUGUUCGAAUCCGCCGAGAGGAGAGAAAGUCUCGAACGGACGGCGAGGGUAAAACUGAGCACGGAAGUGAAGAGAUUGACAGCUGUAAAUCGGGAACUGCUCUCCUCCUCAAACUCUCUCCAGAACUUGUCGUCAUACUCGCUCGGGUCAGAUGUGGACAUUUACAGGAAGGAAUUGGCCAAAAAGGAUGUCACCAUUGCUCAACUCAUUUCUCAAAACAAAGAAGUAGCGGCAACAAAGGAUCGACAAGAGAUUGAACUCGCGGCACAAAGAGCGACUCUGGAAGAACAGAGGACUCAUAUUGAUAUUCUCGACAGUGCUUUAACGACAGCUCAAGGAAACGUUGUCCGAUUGGAAGAAGAGUGCCGUCGAAACCAAGACUAUGCCGAAAAAGUGUCUCAACUCCAAAGAGCAUUAUCCUCCCUGCAAGUUUACAACGAGAAACGUGAACAGUCCGAGAAGAAAUUGAGAUCACAACAAGAGUCUGAAAUAACCGAUUUAAAACUACAAUUAGCAUCCAAAAAUGCCAAAAGUAAUCUCAACAAUACACGUGCCAAUAAUAACAAUGCGUCCAACAAUGCCAACACUAAUACAAAUAAUAAUGCACCAUCACAAAUAAACUCACGCACCGCUCCACCCCCGUAUCCCGGACCUAGCAGUGGCAGCAAUUCUACGUCAAAUUCUAACCAAAAUUUACACUUCUCAAACCAAGCCCUACACCAGACCGACAUUGCGCCAGACUUGCAGUGUUUGCAGGAAAAGUUGCGCCUCUCGGAGGACAAGAUUUCUUCGUUGACAUCCGUCGUGCAACGCUGGGAGCAUUUUUUCUCCUUGGAAUCUCAACACCCCGAGAAAACGCCGACGCCCUCGGGAACGACGCCAAACACGCCGAACUCGUGGUCUUCUCGGGGAGGUACGCCACACUUCAAUUUUGGUGGGGGAGGUGGAGGUGGGGGAAAUUGUGGGACAAGUUCGGGUUGUUCGUCCAACGGAGCUUUGGACGAUUUGCCAUCCACGCAACAUAGAGCGUGUGAUUUGGAGUGGAAAAUUAAGGAUUUAGAAUCUCGUCUUGUGGAAAAGGAUAACAUGUUGAGGGCAUUGAAUACGAUGAAUGUGCAACAAGGUCAACAGCAAGGUCAGGGGUAUAAUAUCUACUCGACGCCGGCAUACAGUCCAUACGUUCCGACAGGUUUCCGAGAGUCACCCUCCUACACGGCCGCAUCAAUGAUGCACCAACACCAAAAAUCGCAACAGCAACAACAGCAAGUCAACCACCAAGUUUCCGUCAGCCUGGCCUCCAUGAUGGAUCGUUCCCGAUCUUACGGCGUGGGCGUGGACCCGCUCCUUUUUUACGAGAAGGUCGGAAAGUGCGACAGUGAGCCACCUUCGUAUGCAAACCUCCCACCCAAACUCCGACUCGGUGGGAGUGGUUCCAGUCUCGCCAAAAAUUCGAACGAGUCCUUAGGAUCUGCGGGGCAUGGGAUGUCCAACAACGCGUCCGAACCAGAGUCAGUCUCCUCAUCGGAUGGCGGUGGGGGCGGAAGUAAUCCGAAAAGUAUUGAUGAGCAAUUGAAGGAACUGAAUACCCAGCUGCUAUCCAAGGGAGCGGUUUCGUCCGGGUUAAAAAUGCAAUCUUCAGGCCUCUGCUGUAUUCCAGGAUUCGCUAAUCCAAGCUUUGCAACGAGAAAAGGAAAAGUACCCCAAUCACUAUUGGAAGGUGUGAUGUCCACCAAUCCCGUAACCACCGACGCCAACGGCAACAACUUAUCCACCCUGCCAACGAAUAACCAACCACCGAACUCUUCUUCAAUGUUGUCCUCUCCAACGAAAAAGUCUGUCCUGCUACCCCCACUGCCACGACCGCCACUCCUCCAGUCUACGCCUCACCAGCUAAAAUCCUCCGGAACCAGUAGGACCAGUUCGGGUCCGCCCUUCCUUUGCGACGACCAAGAUGCGAGUGACGUUUCUGGAAACGUGCUCCAUUCAAACUUGUUAUCAAAUUCGGUCGACUCCGUCCUCGCCGAGUCGCCAGGAUCUUUCCGAGCCUCCAAAUUGGGCGGCGGUGGUCCCAACAUCUUCACCCCCGUCGCGGUCAAAGGUCUCCCGCCGAAAAGUCCCUGUAUCUCCAUCCCACUCGCGACCGGUACCAGUAUGAUCAUCGACUCGAAGUGCCGCUCACUCGAACGCGACCAGAAGUCAAAGUUUUCUUCCUCCUCCUCCAAUAAUGAUCCCGGUUCUUCAUCUUCGUCCAAAUUCACGUCAUCCUACGAUCCCGCCUCCCGGUGUAAAAGUUUGGAUCGACGAGAGCUUAAAGCCGCCGCGAAGGAGGAGAAGAAACAGCAACAGCAACAACAAAAAUCUGCGAUUGGGUCAAAAGCCGCAUUUUUUGGGGGGUUGCUGCGACGAUCGCCAAGUCCCAGUAGGAAGAAUAAAGAUAAGGAUACCGACAAGGACAAUAACAGCCGCGCUUCACCCGCACCCUCGAAAGGAGGUCGCUUCACGUUCGGCCGAACCACCAACGCCAGUCAUAACAUUACCACGAGUCGCGCCAGUCCAAGUCCUGUCGUCCUUGUGCCGGAUAACACUUCCGAUGCUGAAAUCGACGCCGAGUUUCUGACUCAUCAGGGACGCUCUAGCCAGUCUCAGAGGGCUAGUCGGGUCACGAAAUGGAGUCCGGGGUCGUCCACUUCGGGCGGAGGAAAUUUGCCAUCCCUCCAAGAACAUGGGUCCCCCUGGGUGCAGAGACGCAGUGGGGGCGAUAUUUCGGCGGGGUCUUCUCGAAAGAUGAGUGUAGAAUCCAUCGAGAGUAAUAAUAGUCGACGCGGUGGGAGUAAUAGUGGCGAUGCGAAUGAUCCUACGAAAAAAUGGGGAAAAAUUGUCAAGUCCCCGUUUGGACUGAGGUACACUUUUGGGGCGCCGAGAUCAUAAGUCAAAGAUAAAAUGAUUAUGCAAAUGAGCAAGUAAUUUACAAAUCCUAUAUUUUCUUCAACCCAGAUGUGAAGAAUUUUUGUUAGGAUUUUAAAAAAAAUAUGAGAUCCUAGUCUUUGUCAUCCACCAAACCAACCUACAAAAACCUCUCCUUUUUUAUCACCCUCUUCACCUUGAGGAUGAAUAUGAAACGCAUUUUGAGAAACUUAUUCUUUUUUUUAUUAAUUACUACCCAGAGAACUACGAUUUAAAUAUGACCACCACCGAAUUUUUUAUCGACUGAUAUCCUCAUUUUUUUCUCUAAGGAUGGAACUGUAUUAUUUUUCGGAAAAAAAGAUUUCUAAACAGUCCUGAUUUUAUUAUGGGUGGGGAAGAAUUUUAAAGAAUUAUGCUGCUGCUUGAGUUUAGUGGCAACUUUUAUUUAUUUUAUACGUAGUAGAAGUACAGUAGAAGAGAUGGAAGGAACAGGAAUUUUACGAGGGAGGAAACAGAAAAUAUUAACUUUUGCUUUAAACAAACAAAUAAACAAACACAAAUAUAGAUUUUAUAUAAAUAAUCUCAUAAAAAUCGUAGAUAAUUAGGUAGAUUUACAUAAAUAGCUUUGAUAUUCGACAGGUUAUCAUAAAGAACGACUUACUCAUGUUGUAAAAAACAUUAACAAAUUAAUUAAUUGUCAUAUAUAUAUUUGUGUAAAAACAUUUACACUUAUUAAUUAAUCCAGUAAUUAAUUAAACUACAUACACCCAGAACUGUUCACUUAUUAAUAUUUCAGGAAGGGGAUUGUAAAUAUAUUAAAAUAUGUGUAAAAAUGAUAAUUUAGAUAACCCUAAACAGACUCAGAGAUGAGAUCCCGAUGAUAAUGGUGAGAUGAGAUUUGGGAUGAUAAAUAUUUAACCAGCCAGAGUUUAUUAUUAGUUUACGAAUUUAAUUACUUAUUAUUAUGCAGCCAGAAAAAAUGUAAGUUUUUAGCCAAGAAAUUUAAUACUGUGCCGUACUAGUGAUUACAUAUUUAUGUAGAAGAAAAAGAGAAAUUGAGAUUUUAAAAUACUUCUUAAUGAACGAAAAUUUUUAAAGAUAGACAAACUAUUGUUAUUUUAAUUUUAAUUAAGUACAUACACUACGUCAUUUUAAUGUUGACAACUUUACUGUUAUAUGAUUUACGAGGAUAUAUUUACAGAGAUAAAAAUAAAAACAUUCGUAAAAGAAA